AUGGCCAAUGGGAUCGCAACACGAGAUGCAUGUUUAAGUAGAAAAAGAAUAGCAGAAUUUAUAAGAAACUUAACGCAGCAGCAUGCCCACGUGGUGCCUUCGACACUCUUCGUGGCUGUUUUGUGUAUCUGUUUGAUCAUCGGUCGCUUGUUCGAGGAAAACCAAUGGGUUAACGAGUCCAUCACCACCAUCAACAUUGGAUGCAUCUCUGGAAUGUUUUUCUUGGUUCUGAGCAAUGGCAAGACUUCCCACACAUUGAGAUUCAAUGAAGAUCUCUUCUUUAUAUAUCUCCUUCCACCUAUAAUAUUCAAUGCAGGAUUUCAGGUCAAGAAAAAGCAGUUCUUCCAGAACUUUAUAACCAUUAUGCUGUGUGGGGUGGUUGGUGUUUUCAUUUCAGCCUUCAUUAUUGUAGCUGGCAGCAGGUGGUUGUUUCCAAGAUCAGGAUUUCUUGGUCUGACAGCACGGGACCAUCUUGCUGUGGGAGCAAUAUUUUCAUCAAACGAUACAGUGUGUACAAUGCAGGUUCUUCGUCAAGAUGAGACUCCUUUGCUAUACAGCUUGGUCUUUAGGGAAGGAGUGGUAAAUGAUGCAACAUCAGUUGUUCUCUUCAAUGCAAUACAAAAGAUGGAUGCUACAAGGCUUAAUUCGAUGAAAACCCUCCGCAUUAUUGGAGAUUUCUUUUACUUGUUCUUGACAAGCACUGCUCUGGGAAUCACUACUGGGCUUGUGAUAGCAUAUAUACUUAAAACCUCGUACUUUGGAAGACAUUCGAGCAUUCGAGAAAUUUCCCAGAUGGUUUUAAUGGCGUAUCUUUCUUACAUGUUAGCAGAACUGCUAGAGUUAAGCGGGAUUCUCACUGUUUUCUUUUGUGGGAUUCUCAUGUCUCAUUAUGCAUGGCAUAAUGUGACUGAAAGCUCAAGAAUCACAACCAGGCAUGUAUUUGCAAUGAUGUCAUAUGUUGCAGAGACCUUCAUAUUUCUCUAUGUGGGCAUGGAUACACUUGAUAAUGAGAAAUGGAAGACAAGUAAGUUAAGUUUUGGAACUUCAAUGAGCAUCAACAGCACACUAAUGUUGCUAAUAUUGCUGGGAAGAGCUGCAUUUGUGUUUCCACUCUCGGCUUUUUCCAAUUGCACGAACAGAGGAAGAAUAUCACUGAUUAUGUUCGGACUCCAAAUAAUUAUUUGGUCUGGCCUAAUGAGAGGGGCAGACUCAAUUGCUUUGGCUUAUAAACAGUUCACAUAUUCUGUUACAUGGAAUCCAAUCUAUGCUGCAAUGAUAACCAACACCAUCAUUGUCGUCCUGUUCACCACAAUGGUGUUUGGUUUUCUGACAGAAACAUUAAUAGCUUAUAUGAUUCCACAAAAUGCAAAUAACCAAAACAAUCAUCAGGAAAUAAAGAUACCCAAAGAUGAUGCGCGCCUACAUUUGCUCUCACUCGAAGAGUCAGCCGCAACCAACCUACAACGUGCAUGAAUGCUAAUAGAAAGCCCUGUCUAUACCAUACAUUACUACUGGAGGAAGUUUGAUAAUGCCUACAUGAGACCAGUAUUUGGGGGUCCUCUGAGCAGUCACUCAGAAUGCUAGGUAUAUGCUAA